CGCUGAGAUGUGAGUACCUUCUAUACAUAUCUAUCCUUGACCAUAUUUACUUACUACCUAUAUAGUAAUGUUACGAUGUUUUAUCCUAGGUAAAUAACACAGCUUUCAACCAUAAUGCUGAGAUUAACGUUACGACAUUUUAUCCUAGUGUUCGUUCUCUUCCGAAAACUUUUUCCUCGUUCACCACGUCCACGCUCCUACCUCAUUAACUCCAACAGUAGGCCUCAUGAUUCGACUUUGACAUCCAUUUUUCCGACAGCCCUCCGAAAUUCUUGUGAACAAACCAUGGGAUAUCCAAGGCCAGGAGUUGCGCUGAAUCAUGACCCUGACUGUGUGGAUUUUGUCAGACGAGAUGUAUUAUCUCCGAGAAAGAAUCCAAGAAGCUGGCGAAGUGCUAUACCUGCGGCUCGCCAAGAAAAAUUCAAUCGAUAGUAGAAGUUCAAGCGAGGGGUACACCCAAGUUACAUAAGAAGCAAACGUGAGGAAAUACGGGAUAUUGUAAUCCCAC